UGCAAUUUCGGUCGUUCCUCGGUUGAAGAUGUCAAUGAAAAAGUCACUCUUGCUGGUGCGAAAUCGAAAAAUUCCACGUGUGACAAAGAUAAGAUCGUGAUCCCGCCGCUUCAACAGAUGAUUUUGAAAUUGAUUCGCUAUCAUGCGAUUGACGCAUUGGAAGGAAACCAAAAACAUCAUCAUGUAUGAGUAUCAUCUGCAGGAUUCCACCACCUCCUCUACCCCAUCUUAGAAAACCUCCACUACACCGCUAGCUCUCUCCUAUUUUUUCGUUCAAGUUCUUGCUACUGCAUACAUCCUACACAAUUAUUUGCCAACGAGUUCAGACAAAUUAACACACAAAUAAAUUGAAAACUGCCGAGAAUCGUAAUUGAAACUUUUUUAUUGCACCUUUUUCAUACUUGAGCAAUUUGAAUUUCCGUUUUGCAUCUUCCUCAAGCUGAACUUUUCGCAACUGUUGAUUAUUUCUGCUGUGCUACAACAGUAACAGACACUUUCUGUUUCUGCACAUCUUUCACAAAUAAACCAUAAAAAUCGAAAACCAUUGCCAUGGCACCUCCGAAGUCGCGUUUUUCCUUCGUAUGUGCCCUUGUUUUCGGCACAACCGAGUUCCUUGCAAAACUCCAAGCCACUGCUCCCCGACGUCCCUACUCCACGCCGGCUUUCUCCCGACACAACAAUCGAAGCAAAGCGGAAAAGGAGGCUUUCCCCGAUAGCGUUUCGUUUUUCUACAAGGCGAACGGUGGUGCUGUUGGUGACACUUCUUUGUUUUCCGGCGCAGGAGCAGCUCCAGGACAUCAACUUAAUGAGGUCGUGAAGGACAAACUCGAUGAGGAUCACUCACCUCUACUUCCAUUAAGAAUCGUCCCCUCCACCCUCCCAGUGACGAAAGUUUUGGAGAUUCUGAACGCCGAUUUCGCUUUCAAAAAGAACCAAGAGGUGAAAGAGUUCCGCUUCGUCUGGUUCCCGUAUGAUCUACUCGCUUUGACCGAUAAGCGGUUUCAGAAGUUUGCGAGCAACUACGAAUUGGCGACGUUCUCCGUGCCGGAGGAUUUGGAAUUCACUUCUGGUGCUGGUGACAGAAACACAAACAGCAUUUCCACCACCACCACAAUCGCUUCCGUCGCGGCAAGCCUUCACAAGCAAUUCCUGCGGAAAAAACCAGAACACGAGCAGCUAUUCGACGCGAAGCCGCCGUUAUCCUGUGCAAAAGUAUCGUACUCGUAUUGCAGUCAUGCAUUACAAAUUUUUUUCUCAAGGUAAAUUCCCAUUACAAAUUUCAUUUCUCAUGCUGAGGAAAUUUGUAAUGCAUUUAUACGAGUACGAUACUUUUGCAGUUCAUAGCCGUCUUUGCGUCAGGUUUUUGCGCGGGUGGAAGUGGUGUUUCAGCCGGUCGUGCCGAUUGUGCUGACGGUGGAAAAUGCAGGAGUUGCGGGGAACAGGACGAUGAAAUCGUCGAGAAAUAGCUCGUGCAACACAAGAACCUUUAAAGUCAAUCCCUGGGUGAAAACCCGUGACGUGCUGGACGAACUCGAUAAUUUCAGCCGGCUCGGGAACCGGGGACUUGGGUUCGGGUCGGUUCUGGAACCCAUAGAAGUUGUUCCACUGCAUAAUUUAUCGAAGACUGCUGGAGCCGACUCUACUUCUUGCGCCAGUGCUGAACAGGAAGAGAAGCAGCUGCAGGGUCAUGAUCAGGAGAACGCUUACUAUGUGAGCAAAUUUUCCUUCCAAUACCGAGAGCCGGAGUUCGGAUCGACGCAGUUUGCCACUUGGGACCGGGAAAGAGAUCUGAUCCAACACUACAGCGAAACGUAUGAUAUGCAGGGACUAUCGCUGUUCUUGUGGAAUCAGAUCGACAAGGAAAUCGAGAUGAAGCCGGGAAUGAAAAAGGUCAGGGAAAAUAUGGUGGUCACAAUGGUCGCCGAGACGAGAAAGCCAGCAGGGGUGUCUCUCCUGCCAACGGUAGAUGCACCGUGUAGUUCCACUGCGACAGAUCCUGCGGUCGUUCCCGUUCCCGUAAUAAUAUCUUCUUCCCGCAGAGGCCGGUCCGUGCCAGCUGGACAUCAGGGGAACAAUAAAGCGACAGUGGGAAAACAAGAUACGGUGGUGAGCGAUCCGACGUUCUUGCCUAAAAUCCCUCUUCAAGAUUCUGGUGACCACCACCCCCGUCAGAAAGAAACUUUGUCAGUCGCCGAAGCCGUGGAGCUGUUUUCGAGUUACACCAUGCCCGCGAUUGCCGGGUCCCACCGGGGACAGGGUGCGGUUCACGGUGACGUCGCUGUGCCGGAGAUCACAGUCGGCGGGCCGCGGCCGCCAUUGCCCGCGUUUGGCGUCGUGGCUGGAGCGGAGUUGUGCGGAAACUCCUCGGCGUCUUCCGCGGCCUGCUCUAGUGAGGGCGGUGCAUCGAACUACGCGGAUUCCAAUGCAUCGAAUGUAACCGCGUUCAGCUUCAAAGGACGUAAAGACGUGCAGCCGAGUGGUCGUGCCGGAUCAGCCGAAGGUACCAAACAAAUAACGAAACGCACAACGCUUCGCGACCGAACCCACCUUCCGAAUCUUACCAUUUCCACCAGCAAAGCUGUAGUUGCACCAGGACCAGCAGGAGGUAGAAGUUCUAAGGAUGAGAAAACGUCUGAGCAUGUUGAUCUCGAGCCCCCUGCAACUCCCCGGUCGUCCACCAGCACCGAAUCUUCUCGGAGUUACUGGGAAAAAUCUAGCCCGAAACAGAGCUGGCUGGACAAAGCGAAGCAGGCGAGACUUGCGGAAGAGGGCAAGUGUGACGAUUUGGACAAUUUGCAUGAGAUGCAAAAGUGCUUUGAAGAUCAGAAGCGCAAGAACUACGCUCAGGCGGCGGUGGCACUAAGGGAAGAAGUUGCGAAAGGAUUCUCGCCUUCUGUUGCUGGUGCGCCGGCGGACAUAGAAGUUCUUCCCGCUUUUCCUGUUGAUGAUGUUCCAGCUUUUCCAGUCUUGGGUGAUAUGAGCAGUGGUACGCCGGCACCAGGACCUGGUGUAACCGUCCAAGCUGCAACAGCAGCAGCUAGCAGUCAAGAUGAUCAGUCACAUCAGCCCGACCAACAAGAAGAUGCUUCGUCCUCCGACAGCAGCACUCCCCCCGGGCGCAUGACGCUCUCUGAAAUGAGCCGAGUUCUGGGAAUCCGUAGAGCUGCAGGUCCUGUUUCUGCAACUACUGAGCGAAAUGUUUCUUCGUCCGACAGCAGUUUCACUCCGCCAGCCCGCAUGACGUUGCGGGACGCGAGCCGGAUAAUUUUGGGAGAAAACCAAAACUCCCUUGCGGCGAAGGCGACGCCACGCGCUGCGAUUGUCGGACGGGAGAUCUAUUCUACUGCCGCAAGAGGAGUUUCAUCUUCGGACAUCUCUUCUUCAAAUGGCGCCGCACUUGCGAAAAAAUCCGUCUCCGACCUUGCCCGCGAACUGCACCGCGCGCAGCGCACGGAGAGACCGCUGAACUUCGAGUCUUUUGUGAAGGGCCAGCGAAAUUUAUCCAACGACAGCUCGCGGACGAGAAGCGCUUCAGCUUCUGGAGCCGCGUCAAAAGAUCGCGUAGUUGCAGCCGGCUCUCGGUCGUCCGCUGCGGGCAGACGCUUCGGCUGGCCUUCGACUCUUCCCUCCUCGAGGAGUAGCAGCAGCAGCACGAACUGCAUGAGCAGACGCGGGAGCGUGCAAAGACGAGGAACUGAUGGUUCCCAGCAGGUGGUCCAACAAGUCGCGGCUGGUGCACAGCCUGCUUGUAGAAGUUCUGUUGCCGCGCCAUCGGCUCCUGUUGUAGCUGCACCUGCGCAAGCACCUGUCGUGACCGCAACUUCUGCUGUUGACCGUCGUGUUUCUUCGCCGUCCUCCAGCUCCUCGUCCGGAGAUUCCUUCCUGCCAGUCAGAAGAAUUCAAAGACCUGCCAGCCCCCUGCGGCUCGCAGCCGCGGUUGGGAUUGUGCCUGCGCAAGUAGGAGCUAAGGAUGUUGAUUCUACAUCUGCGAAAGAAAAAAUCUUAUCCCCUAACUCGAGGAAACUGGCGUAUUUUCAGAAAAUCGUCGAUGACGCUGUAGACGCCAGGGAUUUAUCGUCCUCCAGCGACGAAAUUUCAGCGAGAAGACGGGCCGCGCGGCGACGGGGACCGGAGGCCACCAGCCGCUCCUUGCCCCAUGCUGGGGCAACAUCAAACACUUCUGGGGGAACCGCGUCGCGCCGAAAGCGCACCCCGCUGCAGUAUUCACCGCCGAGUCCGCCGCGGGACGUUUCUGGUGGUUGCAACAGUCGGCGAAACAGAAGUCGGGCGCCGGCCGCAGCCCGUGCCGGUGGGAGAGAACACGCGAAAAAUUAUACAGGUUCUUGCUUUUUCCCCACGGCUGGUGCACAUGGAACUGUGGAAAUGGAAGGAAAGUUCAAAGGUACGUUCACGGGCCGAUUGCGCUUUGAUGCAGCUUCGACGAGCGGAGCACAGGAAGAUGGAGUUUCGUGCAGCGAGGAGUCAGAAGGCUCUUGGUUGUCGGUCAGCGCUCGUCCUGGGGCUUCGUCUGGGGCGUCGAGCUCUUCUUAAGGAAAAUAAAGAGAGGUCGUGUGCAAGAAAGCGAAGUGUGAUCAUCAUGAGUAGUGCAUUGUUAUGCUUUGGUUUUGAUGCAUUUUCUUUUUCAUGCAACUUAGCAUGGUAUAGGUAUGAUAGCAGAGUAAGUAGAAGUUGCAUUAGCAUUUAUAGGAUUUUGAUGACUGUGACUGUCAAGCUCAAGCCAUUCGACUUUUGGUCUAGUAAAAAAUCUGAAUUAGAACAAACUGAAUCUUGCAUGUAGUAGCAGUAGACAACGAUGGUGGACUUCCUAAAUUAAUGACAUUGCUAGGACUCGUCUCUAACCCUCAUGUCGACAUCUAUGGAACAUUUUUCUUUGUUCCAAGCUAAUUAAGACGAACACAGACCUGUAUAGAACCGAAUUAAAACGUAAUGUACACAAUAACCGCAAAAUCGAUUUCAUUUUCAUCUAUCUACCAUAAAAACUCAACAAACUGUUAGGCAGAUGGAAAAGCGUCGCUGCCCAACUCCUCUACUGGUGAUCCUCUCAACAUUGACAGACGAUUGGCAGCACGCUUUGCAAGUCUUCUCCAUUUUUUUUUCGCGGCAGGCAGCGCAAUACAGUGCAAUAAGUAGAAUGAGCCCCUAUACUUACAUGCAUAGCGAUAGCCACGUAGCUGUGCUGCGAAACCUUGACAAAUGACUUUAUUUGAUGCUUUAUUUCUUUCUAGACAGGAACAGGUUGAAGGCUUCCGUUCAAGCGGAAUUACAGCAAAACUGAGUAGAAACUCAUGAGGAGA